AUGAACCUCAUCAUCCAGGAGUCGGUGAUCCUGGGCGCCGGCGCGGCCGCCAUCCUCCUCCAGGUCGCCGAGCCCGGCGUCGCCGCAGGCGUCAACGAGCACAGCAACUUUGCGGAGCGAGUGGGAGACCGCCUGCGCACGACCAUGACAUAUGUGUACUGCGUAGGAUUUGGCACGCCAUCCGAGAAGCGCGCCAUCGCGAACGCAGUGACGCGAGUGCACAAGCAUGUCAACGGGGUGCUCAACGAGGGAGAGAGGAAGAAGAAGGGCCAGCGGUACAGCGCUCUCGAUCCGGAGCUCCAGCUCUGGGUCGCCGCAACGCUGUACUACACCGGGCUCGACAUCUACCAGCGGGUGUUCGGCCCCAUCGAGGACGAGCAUCUCCAUGAGGAGAUCUACCAUGAAUAUGCCGUCAUCGCCAUCUCCCUGCAGGUGCCGCCCGAGAUGUGGCCGCGCGACCGCCGCGCUUUUCUCGAGUACUGGGACGCAAAAGUGGCCCAGCUGCAAGUCACCCAGCACGCGCGAGAGGUCGCCAGGGACCUGCUCUACCUCCCCAGGGCCCCUUGGUACCUGCGUGUCCUGACGCCGAGUCUGCGCUGCUUGACGGCCGAGCUGCUGCCGCCCAGGAUCCGCGAAUACUUUGGCCUCCGCAGCAACAGUUUCUGGUAUCAUGUGCACAUGCUGGGCCUGAGGGCCGUGUACAGGUGGCUUCCGCUCAUGGUGCGCAGCUUGCCGGUCCGGUACUACUUGUGGGACAUGCGCAGGCGGCUGAGCUGCCACCGGCCCGUGUUCCACAAAGGCAUCGGUAGCUAG